AAAUGAGGAAGUGGACAAAGUGGAAUGGUUUCUGAUAGAGUCUAGAGGCAAUCACAAUACUGAACCCAACUCAACUUCCCUCGAUUUCUUUCCUAAUUUGAUCAUUUUUUUAUGUUUUUGUUUUUGCAAACCAACUUCCCAACUGCCCUCAUCUUCUCCAAAGGACAUCUGUUGAGUUAUGAAUGAUGAUGAUGAAGAAGAAGAGGAUGAACAUUGAAUGGAAGUCCUUCCAAAAAUACAUUUGAAAAAGGUCCCAUGUUAUAUCUUCUUCUUCCUUUUCAAUUUAAAGUAGAUUAUCCCUAAGUUCCCCCUCUUUGUGGAGUGGAGUUGUUAUGCUCUCCUGUGGGCUCUUUCGCCACUAAACUUCACCAAAACAACAUUGCAUAGCCUUUGUAUUGCAUAUUAAUAGCUCCUUGGCGCACACUACUCAGCCAUGCACAUUGAGCGUCCUAAACAAACCCCCUCUCAAAGCUUCCAAAGAAAGAUGAAGGCAACUAUGAGCGAGUCAAGUGAGCUAAAGAGCUCCAAAACCAAACCAGGGGUGAACCGAGGUUUGUCAAUACUCGACUUCAUCCUAAGGUUGGCUGCCAUUGUUGGAACAUUAGGAAGUGCAAUAGCUAUGGGAACCACCAACCAGACUCUUCCAUUUGUCACACAGUUUAUUCAGUUCAGAGCUGAGUAUAAUGAUAUCCCUAUGUUUACCUUCUUUGUUGUAGCCAACGCCAUUGUAAGUGGCUACUUGGUUCUUUCUCUGCCUUUUUCUAUAUUCCACAUCCUGAGGAACAGAGCGCAUGGCACAAGGGUUCUGCUGGUCUUCUUAGAUGGGGGAAUGAUGGCUCUUUUGACAUCUGGGGCAUCUGCAGCGGCGGCCAUUGUAUACUUAGCACACAAAGGAAAUGCCAAGACAAAUUGGCUAGCCGUCUGCCAACAGUUUAACUCUUUCUGUGAGCGAAUCUCAGGCUCUUUGAUCGGAUCUUUUGCAGCAAUUAUUCUGUUUUUAGUUAUGAUCUUCCUGUCCGGUGUUGCACUGUCUCGUCGUCGACAGUAGUUUGUGAGAACUGCAUCAUGAUCCUUUUAUCUGCAAAGACUAAUGCAUAUAUGAAUUUGAGUGUGCUACAAAAUGACUGGAGGUCCAAU